GGCUAUCCGUUCAUUUUCCUGAAAUGGAAGAAAUCUACUCCCAGAUUGCAGACAACAUUCUUUCAAACGAUCUGGAACUCUCUGCCGACACGGACACGGAUGCCACAACCCUACGCGAAUGGCUGCAGGAGAUUGAGAAGAACAAGAGGCUCCUGCAGCCCAUCAUAAGAAGACAGCUUACGGAUUAGUUGCCGCUCAGUUGAAAGCUAUGGGACUCUGAAAGAUGGAAACAGGGGAGUUGGCUGAUAAAGAUGGACAGUAACGAUCGCGUAAUAUCAAUUUAUCGGCCUCGUCAUCGAAAGCGGCUUCCAAUUGCUCGGAAAUUCUCAGCUAUAUGGGGGGCUUGGAUGGUGAGCAAAAACAAUUGAUCAAGAAGUUGGUCAACUUUCGCAUGAAAGAAGGUAAAAGAACGAGAGUUCGUGCUAUUGUUUAUCAAACUUUUCAUCGCCCAGCUCGAACUGAACGCGAUGUAAUCAAACUUAUGGUUGACGCCGUAGAGAAUAUAAAGCCCAUAUGCGAAGUGGAAAAAGUAGGAGUCGCAGGUACUAUUUAUGAUGUCCCUGGGAUUGUAGCCAGGGAUCGUCAACAAACCUUAGCUAUUCGUUGGAUCCUUGGAGCAGCUUUCAAACGACGUAUAAGCUACAGGAUAAGCUUAGAGAAAUGUUCAUUUGCUGAGAUACUGGAUGCUUACCGAAAGAGGGGAAUUGCACGUAAGAAAAGGGAGAAUCUUCAUGGACUGGCUUCCACCAAUCGAAGUUUCGCGCAUUUCAGAUGGUGGUAAAGUGAGACCACAUAAAGAGCUCUUCCUCAUUCAGUCAGAUUUUUCAGUAAGAUAUGGUUUGACCCUUUUCCUUUUUGAAUCUUCAUAUAGAACUACGUUACCUCAUACUCCCCCCUUCAUUCAUUGAGUUGGAGGAAUCCAUAGGAGGCCCGCCCGUUAUGCAUUGCAUGAUAGAACCUUUCUUUGUAUGACUUCUCUUUUGCCUCAGGUCGAAUGAGGGAGAUAAAUCAAACAAAUCAAUAGGCCAUGAAUGAAGAAGUAGUGGGCCUUUCGCCCUCUUUCGUCUGACUCGGGGAGCUGAUAAAUGCACUUCAAAGGGAGGGAAGGAA